AUGGACGGUCUCAACCAGGCAGAGCAGCGCGAGUUCGGCGCCCGUAUGGAGCGCAAACAGAUGAAGGAGUUUAUGACUAUGUACUCCAAGAUGGUCCAGCGCUGCUUUGAUGAUUGUGUCAACGACUUCACUACCAAGUCCCUCAUCAACCGUGAACAGGAAUGUGUCCUGCGCUGUGUUGACAAGCACCUCAAGAGUUCCGCUCGAUUGAACGAGCGGUUCCAAGAACAGAACGCUGCAAUGAUGCAGGGUCAACUUCCCGGCCAGUAA